AAGAAAUAAAAACCAGAGUGUAUCGUCAAACCUUGUACGAGUGAACUGUAUAAAUAUCUUAUUUCGACUGGAUUUUAUCUCUUGAUCGGCGUGGAUUCGAACCGCAACGUAUAUAUCAAUCGAGCGAACUUAUCGUUCGUCGCUCGAGUCAUCGUCUUUUAACUUCUCGAACUUGUCACCGAGCAGCGCUGCUAUUCGUCGAGAAGCCGCCGAUUUCUCACGCGUUUUCACACACAUCAGUUCGGAGCAAUAGCGUCAUUGACGAGCGAGGAGUGCAGUGUUUUGGGUGUUGUUAUCGUAUGCAACGACACAGGCAUGACUAGCGCCUACACGUUUUGCUUGUUGCUCGUUGCUACACUGGCAGAUUCCGGUUACUCCACGCAGCGUUCACUACGAUCGUGGUUGAAUCCGGAUUGCAACGAGCUGUGCCGGGAACGGAACGUGACGACGCUCUACAUGAGAGCUGAUGGCCCGAACGACACGUUGCAUUACUUAUGGGAUUUCGUCGGGAAACCGUCGGUGCUGCUGGCGCUCACGCCAUCGAGCGCCUGGCUCAACAUCAGCAACUGGGAGAAUUAUCUCGCUAGAAAGAAGAAAUCGCUCUACUUCACGGACGGAGAGGUCCUCUAUUCAUUCGGAGUGAUAAUAAAUAAGAUUAUCGAAUUCAACGACGUAAAUGACACGGCACUGAUUAACACUGCCGACGUCAAUAACACGAAUGUGUUGCAUCCCGAAUAUUUCAACUGGCGGCGCGUGUCUCUGUCGCAAACCGACGAAUACGUCUACCUGGAUAUGGAGGGUAACUCUUAUCACGAUACAGCUAAGAAUAUCAGCAGAUACGGGAGUAUAAAGCUUUCGCUCCGAGGAUUCUGCACGUUCGAUCAUUCGGACACGGUGCCGCACAUGCUGCACACGGAGAAUUCCACUCAAGUGGACAUCGUUCUCGACCAUAUUCAGACCAGCGAUACGUUUUCCAAUAGCAGAUUCGCCAUCGAAUUGCUCGCGGUAGGCGGUGGCGAUCCCGAGAUACCGAUGUUUGUCGAUCCGAAAAAAAGUCUCGACGACGAACACACACCGGGUAUAUUCGAGGUUGUUGAAGUUAGAACACCUCAGAAAGAAUUGGAUAGGGCGCUGGACGCCGGGGCGUACUUACAAUGGCGACCGGUGUCUUACAGCAGCGCGUCCCGCGAAAUGACCGAUUCCACCGAAACGGUUCAGUACCCGCCGAAAAAGGUGACGGACAAUCACACAAGUGUCAUUAGAAACUCGAUGCUCUAUUGUUAUUACGAAGAAGACGUGGACUCUCUUCUUCUCCAGAGAGUGAUGAUCUCCUUGGGCUCGAAAGGAGACGGUUUUUACAAGAAGAACAAUUAUUCGACGUGGACUUUUAUAAUCGGAUACGGCACGCCACCCGAAGAGAAAUUUUCUUCUCUAGUCGUUAUGAUAAUCUCGAUCGGCCUCGGCCUUCCUUUGCUCAUUAUGAUUAUCACCAGUCUGUAUCUUUGCAUUCGUAGAAUGCGCAAGACACGAGGCAACGUGUAUCGAUGAAGACGCUCGAUUGUUUUUCGAUGUCGUUUUUUCUCGCGUAUUCGCAUACGUUUUAGGUAUAAAUUGUUAUUACUACAUACACACACACACGCACACACACACACACACACUAUCGUUGUUUCUGUACACAGAAAAAAAAAGAAAUAUUCCUAUAUUUAUAUAUAUAUAUAUAUGUGAGAACACGAUUAUAUAUUUUUACACCAAGCCGUUAUUAGCUCGGGUCUGAUAUCAGUGUGAUAAGCGUGAGAGUGUGGUAAUCUGUUUUUUCACAAUGUAUUUAGCACUCAGGGUAAUGUUAGCGUCUUUAUCUCUAAUUGUUUAUACAUUGUAAAUUUUAGUUUAAAACUUAUAUAUAAAUUUAUAUUUCGCGCGCGUGUUAAAUCACUUAUUGCGAAUAGAUUGUUGAAUCGCAACUCCGCACGUUAGCUCUGUCUAUCUAAAUAUGUUAUGAAAGAACAGCGUGUUCAUUUAUGCAAUCGAAGAGUGAACUUUUCUAGGAUUUGUAAUUAAAAUACCGUAAGUGUAUGUCUGUAUGUAUGUAUGUGUGCGUGCGUGUCUCUCUCUGUGUCUGUGUC